AGAGCGAGCUGCCGUUUGUAGCAUGCGCUGGCGGUCCGACGCCGACGCCGCCGCCGCUGCCGCUGCUGCUUCAUGUUGCCUAUCUGCUGGGAUCAUGCGGCGCCUUUCAUGUAGCAGUGCGAGUGCAACCCUCCUCGAGCUGACUCCUCCUAAGGAAAUAUGGAGCAGAACCUGAGUUUGCCAAAUGCUACGGAUGAAUUCAACAGCAGCCAGACAGAGGAACUGCAUCACAGCUCGUUUACCUGGAAUAAUGUUAUUCUUGUCACAACCCUCAGCAUUGUCAUAGCUGUUACCAUGGUUGGCAACACUCUGGUAAUUGCUGCCGUGCUGACCACCCGUCGACUGAGAACGGUGACCAACUGCUUUGUCAUGUCGUUGGCUGUCGCUGACUGGCUGGUGGGUCUGUUUGUGAUGCCGCCAGCGAUCGCCUACCAAGUCAUGGGCAAGUGGGAGCUGGGCUGGAUUCUGUGCGACAUCUGGGUGUCCCUGGACGUCCUGCUGUGCACGGCGUCGAUCCUCUCGCUCGGCGCCAUUUCGAUCGAUAGGUACCUGGCGGUGACGCAGCCGCUCAUUUACAGCCGGCGGCGCCGUUCCAAGAGGCUGGCCCUGGCAAUGAUCCUGGCCGUGUGGCUCGCGGCCGCCGCCAUCACGUGCCCGCCUAUCUUCGGCUGGUACGAGCAAGGUCGUCACGAAAACAAGACGUGUCGCUACAACCAAAACCAGGGCUACGUCGUGUUCUCCGCCAUGGGCUCAUUUUUCCUGCCACUGGUCGUCAUGCUGUACGUCUACGCACGUAUUUCGUGCGUGAUUGCGCGACGUCUCGACCCUUUGGCCGCGGCCGCAGGCACCGAGAUUCCCGUCGAGCGAGCGGCCUCCUCCUCUGACAACCACGAACACCGCGGGGCGUCGGUGUGCAACACCCCACAACUGCAGAGGCUCCACUCCUGUUGCUCCAAUCAGCACGAAGUGCGUACAUUAAGCCGGCACGCCGCAGCUCAAGGUCUGCAGAGCCACUCGAGCCGAGUGUCUUCUUUCCGGCGCGAAAGCAAAACAGCGCAGACCCUGCUGUUGGUUGUCGGCGGCUUCGUGGCGUGCUGGCUGCCCUUUUUCGUGCUCUACAUCAUCACGCCGUUCCUUCCGACCAACCCUCCCCAAGACCUGCAGAGCUACUUCACUUGGCUAGGCUGGAUCAACUCCGCCAUCAACCCGUUUAUCUACGCCUUCUACAGCGCCGACUUCAGGGUGGCCUUUUGGCGUCUCACGUGCAAACGCUUCUCCAAGUCGCCGCGGCAGUUUACUCCGGCGGUGGCUGAUCCCCUCUACCAACAAUCUGACCACAGCUCAGUUCGCCGCAAGCACACCCUCCUGCUCACCUGACCCAAGGCUCCGGUGCAAUGAAGGGGGCUCGAAGAUUGCGCCCUCUGAAGGCAACCGGGCUUGAACGGUUUUGUUGAGGGUCCUAUUUUUAAUUGAAGUAGAUAAUUUCAAUUUGAAAAAGCAGUUAGCAUAUUGCUGUUGUGACCUCGACUGUUUAUUUUAAACAAUGAAUUUUGUUUUUAAUGACCAACACUUGCAUUUUUAUAUUUUUAGGAUUUUAAUACGCAUUUUAAAACGAAAGACCUAAGGAUUUUAUCGACAUUGCUCUCUUUUUAAAUCAUAAGCAUUAGUAUUAAGGGUGACUUCGGUUAAAAAUUGAGGUUUUACAAAAGGGGAAGCUCUCGCUUUGGAAUAACAGAUAUAUAUGAGCUUGUAUGGCGUUGCUGUGCCAACAUGAAAACGAUAUUUUAUGGCCAUAAAUUCGUUUAACCACUUUAUCGCCAACUCUCUCCAAAGUCAGAUUAUAAUAUAUAUAAUGUUAAAAUGUUCAAUGUUCAACAGACGAUGUAAAUCAUCCAAAAUAAUGCAAUAUCUCAAAGUAACCAUUUGUAACAUGUCUAGUCAUAAUUAGACUUUCAAGUCAGUCAAUAUUUUAGGGCAAAUAAGCAGAAGUAAUCGGAUUUAAGGGUAAUGCUGUGUUUCGUGUUAUUGAUCUGUUGAGAAUGCUUGAAAUAUCUCAAAAGUCAAAGUGAAUGGUGCUGCGUUAUUGAAUGUUCUACUGAAAUUAAGAUAUUCUGCAACUGUGUGCAGUGUUCUCAAAAUCAAAAUGUGAUGUCAAAUUAGGUGUGUAAAAAUUAUUCCAUAAAUGUUUCUAAUCUGUUCUGUUAGCUCAUGAAUGUACGAAUAAAAGUAUGAAUAAAUACAUAAUUAU